GCCAGCGGCACGGGGCUGGACGCCCUCGGGCAGAGCAGUCAUGUCGCACAAACAGAUUUACUAUUCGGACAAAUAUGACGACGAGGAGUUCGAGUACCGACAUGUCAUGUUGCCCAAGGACAUAGCCAAGCUGGUCCCUAAAACCCAUUUGAUGUCUGAAUCUGAAUGGAGAAAUCUUGGUGUUCAGCAGAGUCAGGGAUGGGUCCAUUAUAUGAUCCAUGAACCAGAGCCUCACAUCUUACUGUUCCGGAGGCCACUACCCAAGAAGCCAAAGAAAUGAAGCUGGCGAGCCACCUUUCAGCCGCGAGCUUUACACAGCUGUCCUUGCUUCCUACCGUCUCUGAUGGCGUGAUAUCUCGUUUUCUUAUUUCUCACUUUGAUAUUUAAAGGAUGUUCAAUACACUGAAGUGCUGGGACCUGCUCUACUUCUUGAGUUGAGCCACCAAUGCCACAACCCUGUCAGAUGAGUGACUUCAAAACCCUAGAGCGCUCUAUCCAGUGGGCCAUAUUUGCCGUCUCUUGAAAGCAUGUGAAAUCAGAUCAUGGCUGUUACAGAGACCGUGUGAAUUUGCUGUUGUGGUUUUCAUUAUUGGGUGCUGUAUUUAUGGUGACUUAUCGGC